AUGUUCGGCGAGGGGUUUUCAAUAUCCGGGCUUGCGAUACCCGCAGUCAGUGUGCUGAUCGCCUUUCUCGCCUACACAUCGCAGUACCUCUUCCUGCAUUUUGAGUCUGCGCCUCUCACCAAGGACGAGGCUUGGAAGAUCAACAUCUUCGCACUAUGCAUCUGGAUAACAUAUUACCGAACCUGCUUCGUAGAUCCGGGCAGACUUCCCAAAGCCGAAGAGCGACCGAAACCCGAAGAAAGUGACGCGUUCACCGGUCGCCAGCGAUGGUGUCGUAGAUGCGAGGCUUACAAACCGCCUCGGGCUCACCACUGCAAGACUUGCAAAAGAUGCAUUCCUAAGAUGGAUCAUCAUUGCCCCUGGACGUCGAACUGUGUCUCACAUUUUACCAUCCCACAUUUCAUGCGCUUUUUGUUUUAUGCCACCGUUGGAAUGUCCUAUCUUGAGACUCUUCUCUGGCAGCGGGCUUCGUUUGUAUGGAAGAACAGCCAUCUGCCAAGCUAUCUGGGCCCUGCAUUAGGACAGCUUAUCCACUUAUUUAUACUCCUUGUGGUAAAUAGUCUCACCACGUUCGCUCUUUUUAUCUUACUGCUUAGGAGUCUAUGGGCGCUCGGAUCUAACACAACCACCAUCGAAACCUGGGAAAUCGAGAGACAUGCUACCCUUGUCCGUCGCGCCCGUGUGCUGGGCGGAUAUCUAGAAGGUCCUGGGGGAAUUCGAGUGUAUAUCAAGAAACAGGAAUACCCUUACGAUAUAGGCAUCUGGGCCAAUAUCAAGCAAGGUAUGGGCGGUAGCGCGAAUUUCAUAAGCUGGUUCUGGCCAUUAGCCGCGGGUCCUGACCCUCAAUCUGGGUGGGAGUUUGAAACAAAUGGCUUCGAAGACCCCGGUGUGGCAUGGCCACCCCCAGAUCCAGAUAGAAUACCGAUGCCGGCAAGGCCGCCAAAUGCUAUUAGCAUGCCUACAUAUGCAACGAUCCAAGAUGAGAUUGAUGCCUUCAAUCUUCGUAAGCGGGAAGACAUGAGGCGACUUCGGCGAAAUGCAGGGCUGCAGCGUCGCAAACCAUUUCGUGAUCGGUAUAAGAAAGAUGACGAUUACACACCAAGUGAGAGCGAUGAGGGCGAAUUUGGCUUUGAUAACGAAUCGGACGAGGGCGAAGAGUCUUGGCGAAAUGCCGAAGGGGAACGACUACAGGACUUUGGAGUGGAUGAAGAAGCAGAGUUCUAUGACGAGGAAGAUAUCCCUCUAGGUGUUCUCAUUCAACGACGCAGGGAGCAACAAUCUGCCAAUUGA